ACGGUCAAGUGGUUUCCCGAACCCAUUUAAUUUGUUAUUUGUUAUCCUUUGUUGUGAAGCAACGAGAUUACAAAUUCAAGUGAAAUUGAUAUGAAGAUCACAUACAAAACGUGAUGAGCGGCGGAAAAUUAACCAAGAAAUUUGAGCAUACAGAUAGACAUAUGCAGCUAAGACUGCCACUUACCUGUGCGACGAGUUUAGUCGUUUCUGUGUCCUUUUCUCUUAACUUGUUUCGUCUACAAGAAGUGUGUGUGUGUGUGAAUAAAUAUGACAAGAACAAAAGAAAAAAAAUGCCACACCACUAAAACUUCACACUUUCAUUCUCUUUGCAAAAAACAGAAACACAAAGAAUGAGACACACUCUUUGGUCGCGUCGUAAGAGCGACACUUGUGUUUAGAGUAGUUAACAGUUUGUUUGUACACACGCAGCAACAGUUUAUCUCUGAUCCUUAAAGCGUAUACAACGUAGAAACGCGGUAAAUACGUAACGUCGUAAAUAAAUUGUAAUCGUCAUUGCCGUGAAAUCCCAAGCGCUUUCUUAUCAUCGGCAAAAUGUAUAAACGGCAAGCGACGCCAGCGGUCAUACAAUUGCUCAUCAUUUUGCUGGCGUUCGGCUGUCAGCUGCUCACCACGGCCAAUGACGUCACGCGCGAUGGCUGCAAUGAAUUCGUUUGCGGUUCAAUCGUCUCCAAGUGCCUCUUAACGCAGAGCUGUCAGUGUAAGCUGAGCAAUGCGACUUGUCUGCAAGAAUGCCUCAACUGUUUGGGCGAUUUGUACACGGAGUGCUGCAGCUGCUUGGAUAUGUGCCCGAAAAUCACGGACGCACUUGACGCCGCUGCGCCACGUUCGCAAUUUGGCGAGUUUGAAGGUCUGCCUGAACUCUUCGAGACGCUCACCGAAGACGAUGACAACUGGACGGUGAUGCGCUUUGCCAUGCGCUCCAGUUUGCGGCGUCACUAUGGCGCCGGAUUUGGCGUGAGUCUGAUGGGUGCUGGGAGCGAUGGUGAUGCUAUUGACCGCCAAGCGUCACUGCAGAAGCUGCAAUCAACGGGCACAUCGACGGCGCCGCAUCUCAACUGCACGGUUAUCUAUCUGAACGAGUGCAAAACGUUUCACAAGUGUGCGCAAGAUUGCGAAAAUAUGGGCGCGAAUAGUUAUCGCUGGUUCCAUGAUGGCUGCUGUGAGUGUGUGGGCGCCAACUGCCUCAGCUAUGGCAUCAACGAGAGCCGCUGCUCGGCGUGUCCGGAAGAUGAGGAGAAUGCUGCGGCUGGUGAGGAUUACGAUGACGAAUCGACGUGGACCUACGGCGAGGAGGAGAAUAAUUAUAAUUAAUUAAUUUAUUGUGUGGCUUUGAACUGUUUGGAAGAUGGCGUUGAAGCAGUGAAAGUGAAAGAAGUUGACAUGUAACGAAUAUUUUGUUGUUACUCGAUUUGGUGCACUCAGUCAGCCUGCCGCCAGUGAUAAACAAUAGUUAGCUACAUACACAUAUACAAAUGUAUAUGUAUUUAUUUGUGUAUAUUAACGCAGCGUUUACUCUUUGGUGUUGGCAAGUCAAGUGUUUGUGGGGCUAAUUGUAUAACGAAGUAAAGAUGCUUUACUUCAUCUAGUGUCUAGUGUUGCUAAUAAUAAAUAAAUUAUAAAGAAAUGUGUAUACACAUGUAAUUGUAUGUGUAUUAGUGUCAUUGUUAUUUUUUGCCAAAAUUUUUGUACUUUUAAAAUAUUUAACGAGAUUUAUUUACUUCUUUAAAAAAUAUAAAUAUCAAUAAUUGUGUAUAAUUUUUAAUAAACGAUUUUCUGGCAUUUUCAAAAAUAGCAAAUUCCAUAUUUGAGAUGCUCAGGCAUUUGUAUUAAUUUUUAUUUGAAAAACUUAACCUUUUUUGUAAAACGAUUUCUUAUGAAAAUAAAUAUGUAAAUAAACAUUUUUUGCUUUCCAACUAACUACAAAUAAAAAAAUUACAAUUCACUGAACCAAACGAAUAUUUAAUGUGUGCAUUAUUUUUAAACCCGACUUGUAUAGUAUUAAUAAAAGUAAUUUUCAAUAUCAACAGGCAUAUAUUUUCAAUAAUUGUGUAUAAUUUUUAAUAAACGAUUUUCUGGCAUUUUCAAAAAUAGCAAAUUCCAUAUUUGAGAUGCUCAGGCAUUUGUAUUAAUUUUUAUUUGAAAAACUUAACCUUUUUUGUAAAACGAUUUCUUAUGAAAAUAAAUAUGUAAAUAAACAUUUUUUGCUUUCCAACUAACUACAAAUAAAAAAAUUACAAUUCACUGAACCAAACGAAUAUUUAAUGUGUGCAUUAUUUUUAAACCCGACUUGUAUAGUAUUAAUAAAAGUAAUUUUCAAUAUCAACAGGCAUAUAUUUUCAAUAAUUGUGUAUAAUUUUUAAUAAACGAUUUUCUGGCAUUUUCAAAAAUAGCAAAUUCCAUAUUUGAGAUGCUCAGGCAUUUGUAUUAAUUUUUAUUUGAAAAACUUAACCUUUUUUGUAAAACGAUUUCUUAUGAAAAUAAAUAUGUAAAUAAACAUUUUUUGCUUUCCAACUAACUACAAAUAAAAAAAUUACAAUUCACUGAACCAAACGAAUAUUUAAUGUGUGCAUUAUUUUUAAACCCGACUUGUAUAGUAUUAAUAAAAGUAAUUUUCAAUAUCAACAGGCAUAUAUUUUCAAUAAUUGUGUAUAAUUUUUAAUAAACGAUUUUCUGGCAUUUUCAAAAAUAGCAAAUUCCAUAUUUGAGAUGCUCAGGCAUUUGUAUUAAUUUUUAUUUGAAAAACUUAACCUUUUUUGUAAAACGAUUUCUUAUGAAAAUAAAUAUGUAAAUAAACAUUUUUUGCUUUCCAACUAACUACAAAUAAAAAAAUUACAAUUCACUGAACCAAACGAA